ACACAGACAGCUGCGAUAGUAGCGAGCAUUUCACAUUCCCAGUGUGCUGACGGUCUGGAAGCAAGGGAGACCUGCAAGCCCCGCUUUGAGAAAGUUUCUUUACCAAAGGCACACAUAUAGAUAUAUUGGUAAAUAGAUACAAAAGAAAGCUUAGGAAAAAAAAAAAGAGUUCUUACUCUCCACCAUGGGUUUGCCUUUUGAUCAAGUGGAAGAACUGCGUCUCUACCAGCAAACCCUCCUCCAGGAUGGACUCAAAGACAUGUUGGACCACAAUAAGUUUCUGGACUGUGUCUUGAAAGUCAAAGGAAAGGAGUUUCCCUGCCAUCGGCUGGUGCUGGCAGCUUGCAGCCCCUAUUUCCGGGCAAUGUUCCUCUCAGACAUGGAAGAGAGCAAGAAGAGGGAGGUCAGCUUGGAAGAUGUCGAUCCAGAUGUCAUGGGCAAGAUCCUUCAUUACAUCUACACCUCUGAGCUAGAGAUCACAGAGCAGAAUGUUCAGGACAUCUUCUCUGUGGCCAACAUGUUCCAGAUCCCCUCCAUCUUCACUGUCUGCGUGUCUUUCUUGCAGAAGCGCCUUUGCCUCAGCAACUGCUUGGCUAUCUUCAGGCUGGGCUUGAUGCUGGAUUGUGCCCGGCUGGCCGUGGCAGCUCGGGAUUUCAUCUGUGACCGCUUUGCACUGGUCUCCCGUGAUGAGGAAUUCUACCAGCUCUCACCCGACGAGCUCAUCGCCAUCAUCUCCAGUGACUCCCUCAACAUUGAGAAAGAGGAAAAUGUCUUUGAAGUUGUGAUGAAGUGGGUGGGCACCAAAGACCAGGAGAGCCGGCAGAAGGCCCUGCCUGUUGUCUUUGAAAGCAUUCGCUUCCGUCUCAUGCCCAAGGACUACAUCAAGGACCAUGUGGAGAAGCAGGCUGUGGUGAAGUCCAGCCCAGAGCUGCUCAAGAAACUGCAGAUGGUGAAGGAUGCCCAGCAAGGCAAAUUCACUGUGGUGAAGAAGAAGAAAGUGAAGAAAAGCGAUGAAAAGCAAGCAAAAGGCAAUGUUGUCAAUGGAGCAGUAGAUGAGGAGGAAGAUACAGAGGAGGAUGCACUUCCAGGGAUCUUAAAUGACACAAUGCGCUUUGGGAUGUUCCUCCAGGACCUCAUCUUCAUGGUGAGCGACAGUGGAGCAGUGGCCUACGAUCCCACUGCCAACGAGUGCUAUUUUGCCUCCCUGUCUGCUCAAAUCCCAAAGAACCACGUCAGUCUGGUGACCAAAGAGAAUCAGAUCUUCAUUGUUGGAGGACUGUACUACAAUGAGGACAGCAAAGAGGAUCCCAUGAGUUCCUACUUCCUACAGUAUGACCAUCUGGACUCGGACUGGCUGGGGAUGCCCCCCUUGCCCUCCCCUCGCUGCCUCUUUGGCCUGGGAGAGGCAGAAAACUCCAUUUUUGUGGUCGGAGGGAAAGAGCUGAAGGAGGGAGAGAAGACCUUGGAUUCGGUGCUGUGCUACGACCGCCUGUCCUUCAAGUGGGGUGAAGCUGAUUCCCUUCCCUAUGCAGUCUACGGCCACGCAGUGGUAUCACACAAGGACCUUGUCUAUGUCAUUGGAGGCAAAGGAAGUGACAAGAAGUGCCUGAAGAAGAUGUGUGUCUACAACCCGAAUAAGUUUGAGUGGAAGGAGCUGGCUCCCAUGAAAACUGCUCGUUCCUUGUUUGGAGCCACUGUGCACAAAGACAAAAUCUACGUGGCAGCUGGCGUGACCGAUUCUGGUUUGACCAACUCAGUGGAAGUGUACGACAUUGCCACCAACAAGUGGGACACCUUCCCUGAGUUCCCGCAGGAGCGCAGCUCGGUCAGCCUGGUGAGCCUCUCUGGGGUGCUCUACCUGCUUGGAGGGUUUGCCACGGUGGAGACGGAGUCGGGGGAGCUGGUGCCAACAGAGCUGAACGACGUCUGGAGGUAUGAUGAAGAGCAGAAGAAGUGGGAAGGGGUCCUCCGUGAGAUCCAAUACGCCUCUGGUGCCACUUUCCUUCCUGUGCGCCUCAAUGUUUUGCGGCUAACGAAGAUGUAGCAUGAUUUCCUUGCUGCAGUGGGCAGGGAGGGACGGGGAGUGGUAGGAGAUGCGGUUUCUCCAGGUACAGUGUAGGACAUUGUGUCUGUGAUUGGUACCAUUUCACCGAGUCAAAUGGGAGAGGGGGAAAAGUAACUUGAAGCCAUGUUCAAGCCAUUAGCUUGAACAUAACUUAUGGCAACUUGCUGAUGCUCAGAAGGUAACUAAAAAAGGACUUCAGAGCAUGCAAGGAGAUGGGGAAGACUAACAGACAUGGAGCAAUGUGCUACUCUGGUCUCAGUUGGCAGAACAAAGAGAUUCCACUCUUGUUCCGCUUCUUUCUCUAUGUUUUUUCUAGUCUUCUCCAGCCAUCAGUGGAGGUAGAAGGAGGUUCUGAAGGCAUUAAGCUGAUGUUUCUCCAGACAAAAGGGUGUCUGAUAUGUUUCCUCACCUAAGGGAGCUGCAGGUAUGGUGCUACAAAGCACUUCAGAGGGAAAAGGGAGGUGGUGCAGGUCAGACCUGGGGGGCUCUGAGGAGUUCCCACGUGGUGAAGGUCAUAGGGAUGAGACAGUUAAAAGAAAAAAGGCACGUGAGCACUGCUGGCAGAAAUUCCUCCAACACUGCAAUGAACAGGAAAAAAAAAUAGUUCUUCACCUCCAUCCUGACUUUGCACUGAAGAGAUGCAAGGAGGUAAGGGCUGCAAGAGGGGGUACGGGUAUGACACUCACCUCCAUCCCUUAGGGCUCCGUAUGGUCAAUCACAGAUUACAAUGUCCUCACGUAUGGAGGGACAAGUGCUUUUCUUCAGGGAAAGGUUUUAUAUUUAUGCUUUCAUUUUUAUUGUUAUGAACUUUUUUUUUUUUUUUUAAGCACUAUUCUAAUUUGCAAAAUUCUUGGAGAUCUCAGCAGUGUUUGGCUCAAAGAGAGCUUCCUACUGAGACAAAAUGCAUUGUGUUUUAUUUUUUAAGUGAUCAUGAUGAUGUUUUGUUAGAAACAUGACUGUACCAGCAGCAGGACAGAGAUGUGUUAGACCAAAAAUCUAACGAUGUUCAUGCUGCAUGACAGCCAUUCACUUCAGAAUAAAUCUUGAAAAUAUUUCUCCCGAAA